AUGCACGGGUUUGGGCGGUGUUUUUGGGUAUUUGCGGCCCUCGCCUUAUUGUUGGCUCUUUUGGGCGUAUUCCUAGUCGGCCCGUUCUAUUUUGUGCUAUUUGAGAAGCUGGUGCACGGGCAGAUACCGUUGCGAGAAAACGAGGAUGGCAGCUACGCAAAGUUGACGUAUUAUUGGCAGAGUAUGCCGGUCGACGAGUUCUGGGCUCUUUAUAUUUUUAACAUUACCAAUCCCGAAGAGGUGGUCUAUAACGGGGAAAUGCCGAGAUUAGCUGAGAUUGGGCCGUAUGUUUACAGAGAAACGGAAUUCAAACAAGAGAUCCGCUUUAUGGAUGAUGGAAAUACGGUGUAUUACCGUAAUAAUAAAUCUUGGUUUUAUCGGCCGGAUCGGAGCUGCUCGUACUGUAGAUAUGACGAUUAUAUCAUUAUGCCGAAUCCGGCUUUUAUGGCAGUCGCAGGUGAAAUGCUGAAAUGGAACGAGACGAACCGGCACGGACCGAAUAAUUUUAUUCUGAACUUGGCCAUGUUGCUGGUGGGGGAGAAUCCGUUACGGAGAAUCCCGGUCGCGGGAAUCCUAUUCGAUUCCUACAACGAUCCUUUAAUCGACCUCAUCAACAGCUGGCUGUACACAGCACUCCUUGAUGACGAGGGAAAACUAUUCGGGUUGAAAAUCCCGCCGAUGAAGGCGUUGGGAUACUUUCCGCUGUUCAACCACACUUGCGAUGAGGACUACGUCGCUUGGACCGGCAAGGAUGACGUCAAAAAAACGGGGGUGAUCAUUAAAUGGGCCGGAAAUACCUCACUGGACUGGUGGAAGGGCGACUAUGCCAGCUCGCUGAAUUGUAGUGAUGGCUCCUUCAACAAGCCGGGCCUGAAAAAGGAUGAAGAGUUGAAGAUUUUCCAAUCUUUGGGAUGUCGGACAUUCCGCUUCAACUACGCGGAGAAGGGAAUUUUGGAAGGGAUUCCGACAAACAACUACAAGCUGAAAGACGACGAAUUCGACACGACAAUACCUAAAAACUACGGCUAUCGAUAUGAGAAUUAUGAGAAGAAGGACUACGCGCCGAAUUGGCCGUGCGGCCCGAAUAAAACCUACAAUCCGAACGAUGCACGUUGCAAAGACGUGGAUUGUUUCCCGUACGAGAACUGGUGCGACACGUGCUGUGAUGGAACACACUACCAAAACACGGUGUUCAUGCCGCCCGGGAUGGUGCCGAUGAGAUGCCAACCAGCUCGGGAUGUCGAAGUCCCAUUUCCAGCAUUUCUAUCGCCCCCGCACUUCUUGUGGUCGCCGCCCGAGAUCACUCGCUCAAUCGUCGGGAUCGAACCUAAUGUUGCACGGCACGACCCGAGCUUAUUCCAGGUUCAUGGGCUAACCGGCGCAGCAGUCAAAGGAUUUGUCAGGCUUCAAAUUUCCAUUCCACUCUUCAAGGACACGAUGCUCGUCAUGAUGCAGCGGCUACAAACCGUGAUCAUCCCCUGCGCGUGGAUCGAGCUGACCGUUGAGAUGAAAGACUACGCGCAUCGUUUUAUGAAGUUACUUAUGGUCACCGUGCCUAUGAUAAUCCUCAUCGUCGGUUGCGUGUUGAUAGCGUUUCCGUUAUUACUGCUCAUCUCCUACGUUGCGAUUCGGGCGCGAAGCCGGAAAUACACCAGCAUCGUCGUCCCGCCGAAUAUCCGGGUUGAGACAGAGGAUGGAGCCUGGAAA